AUGGCGGCGCGCAGUGCACGAUGGCAGCAAUUCCUACAAGAGCUGGUGAUGGUGGCUGGGACAUCGGUUUCUGCAUACUUCCUCAUCAGAUAUCUCCUGUCACGUCUUGAUUUCGAUCCCGAGAGUCAGAAGAAAGAGGAACAACGAAAGAAGUCAGCCGCUAUCCUCCGACGACUGGACGGCGGCGAUGACUCGGACGAUGGUUCACCACAAAAAGGAGGGAAACGGGGUAACAGACAGAGCAAGGGAGAGUUGGUUUUGACACAGUACGAACAAGCAAUUGCCAUGGACGUUGUGGCACCCGACGACAUUCCCGUGUCGUUCGAAAAUAUCGGCGGUCUAGCCGAGAUCAUUGACGAGUUGAAAGAAUCCGUUAUCUAUCCGUUAACCAUGCCCCAUCUUUACGCUUCGACGUCUUCCCUCCUCACUGCUCCGUCUGGUGUUCUGUUGUACGGUCCUCCUGGUUGCGGAAAGACGAUGUUGGCCAAGGCCCUUGCUCACGAAAGCGGAGCGUGCUUUAUCAAUUUGCAUAUCUCGACAUUGACGGAAAAGUGGUACGGUGAUUCGAAUAAACUUGUCAAUGCUGUUUUUAGCCUGGCCCGAAAACUGCAACCUGCGAUUGUUUUCAUCGACGAGAUCGAUGCCGUGUUGGGCACAAGACGGAGCGGUGAACACGAGGCUAGUGGUAUGGUCAAGGCUGAAUUCAUGACACAUUGGGAUGGUCUUACAUCAUCCAAUUCGUCAGGAGAGCCUCAGCGUGUUGUCGUGCUUGGUGCUACUAAUCGUAUCCAAGAUAUUGACGAUGCCAUUCUUCGACGGAUGCCUAAGAAAUUCCCUGUGGCACUCCCUGCGGCUGAACAGCGAUUGAGGAUUCUCAACCUCGUUCUCAAAGACACUAAGAUUGAUUUCGACAACUUCGAUCUCCAAUACCUCGUCAAGGGAAUGGCCGGUAUGUCCGGCAGCGACAUUAAGGAAUCUUGCCGUGAUGCCGCCAUGGUUCCUGUCCGAGAGUUAAUCCGACAGAAGACAGCGGAAGGGCAGAUGAUGACUGCUGUUGAUCCAACGAACGUCCGAGGCCUUCGAACUGAAGACUUCUUCACGCAGGCCGGAGGUGUUAAAAUAAUUUCUCCCCCAGGGCAAUCCCAAUCCAGCAAGCAGGCCUCGGAGAAGGAAUGGAGUACCGACGACGCAACAUCCGAAGCUGGUACACGACCGUCCACGGAGAUGGCAGAGCCUCCCGAGUAA